AUGUUGCCUAAAGUUCGUCGUUUUCUUAAUGAUACUAAAAAUACUUCUUAUACUACAAACAAUAAAUUAACUUCAUCAACUGAUCGUUUAAGUAACAAAAGUAGUAGUUCAAGUUCAACAGAUGAAAACAAUGUUUAUACCGAAACAUUAUUAUAUAUUGUACAUGUUGAUGAAGUUAAAUUAGCAACCGAUCAAAAACAUCAUGAUACGCAUGAUAAACAAAAAUCGAAUCAACUAACGAGAGGAGUAUCAAAGCGGACAACAGCCAGUUUUAAUGAACGACGUCAACAUCGAGAAAUUCAAGCAUCAAAUGUACCACCAUCAACACCACCCUCAUUUAGUUUUUCUAAUCCAUUUCGACGCUUGAAUAAUUUACUUAAGGCAACUGAUAAAUCUAUACUAAGUCCAUCAACACCAAACCUCAAUGUGACGCCACUAUGUUCGUCAACAGUAAAGAAUUCGUCUACUUUUAAACGAUCUCGCCCACAGAAUCGACAUAGUAUUGAAUUAUUUCCUCCACCUCCACCUGAAUUUCUCUAUGAUACUCCAACGAGCAGUACAGAAAAACAACCAAGUAUUCAAGCCAGCGGUCCUGGUCUAAAAGAUGGCUUUGUUAAUGAUAGCCGUCAAUUUGAUUUAAAUGCGCCUGAUGCUGAAUUGCAAAAACUUGUGAUUGCAAUUGAUGGACCAUCCAAAGCUGAUAUUCAAAUUGAAGUUAUUGAUAUAGGAAUCUAUAGAGUUCAUUACAAAUGUCAAUCGCCUGGCAAGUAUCAUAUUUCAUUGACGUACAAUGGUAUACAUAUUGUCGGUUCACCUUAUCAUUUGUCUUUACAUACUCAAUCAUUACCAGAACAAGUUGUUCCACCCGCUAACAUACCAAUUCGUGCAAUCAUUGAACCAGUGGAAUUUUACGUCAAUAUUCCAUGUAUAGUCAAUGUUCGUCCAGAAAUAUCAUGUAACAUCUUUCAAGCUUAUAUACAAGCACCACAAGGAAAUGUUAAUUUACCAAUAACAGUUCAUAAAUCAGCUAAAUCAGAAUACUAUGAAAUAUUUUUUAUACCAAAUACAUGUGGAAAUCAUUGGCUUAAUAUCAAUCUUAAUCAUUUACCUAUCGUCGACAAUCCUUAUCGAUUGAUUGUACGACCGUGUUCUUCCAUGAAAUCAAUGGUGAACAAUAAAGAAGAGCAAUUUCACGCGUUCAAUGGAGAACUAAGUCAAUUUUUUGUAUCAAAAUCACCAUAUGAUCCAUUGACGAGUACAGGAAAUUUUUCCGUCGGUAUUAGUGGACCAUCAACUGUUUUUCUUGAUGCUAAUGAAACUGAAUAUGGCUAUGAAUUUCAUUACAAACCAACUCGAAUUGGAAAAUAUUUAAUAACAGUUAAAAAUAGUGGAAAGCACAUUCAAGGAAGUCCAUUUGUUUGUCGUGUUUAUGAUAAACUUGACGAAAAUCGAACGAAUGCUUCUGAUGCAUUAUUGCCUAUGCAAUCGAAAUUAAAUCAUGCGAGUAGUCAUGCCAAUAUUGAUAAUCUUCGUUUAUCAAUGACAGGUAAUGCUUCACAAAUUUGUGUUUUCGGUACUGGUUUAUACGAAGCUAAAAAAAGAAAAAAAUCAACAUUUAAAAUCGAUGCAAGCCAAGCAGGUCCUGGCAUACUUUUAGUGGGCCUUUAUUCUCCUCUUGGGCCAUGUGAACGUCUUGUUGUUAAACGUAUCAUGCCGUUUUCUCCCGGUUUUAUAUAUCAAGUAUCUUAUCGAGUGCGAACACGUGGUCAAUAUAUUUUAACAAUUCUUUAUGGAGCAAAUAUGGAACAUGUGCCAGGAAGUCCUUACCUGGUGCUUGUCGAAUAA